GUUCUGUAUUUUCCACAUCUCAGUUUGAUGCUGAACAAGCACUACAUGUGUGGUAACAAUAGUUUUGGACAGGUGUCUGCAGCCCGUAUUGCAGCAGAUGCCAGCAUUUCAGAGGGCACCCCAGAGUCACAUCUGUGUUACUGCCAUCCUGUCCAAGUACAGCCCUGCGAACAUGUGACCUUCACCUGGUCACAAGCUUGGUGUAUUGACAAGAAUGGCAGUUUAACCUGUUAUGGGUUUCACAGCGACACAUGGACUAACAUGAAGCCAUCAUCAGUGUGUGCUGCUAUGGCAACCAAGUCUGGCGUUAUGAUACAGGCAGCAGAUGGAUUUGUAAGACAUUACUUAGAAAAUGGAGAGUUCGAAACUGUGACUGUUGCUGGUGUCUCCCCAGAGGCAGUAUUUCAAGGGGCAACUAACACUAAAGUGUACUGCCUACAACGCACACAGCUGUCUGAAUGUCAUCUAGAUGAGUCCAAGGUCACUGGGUGUGAGUACAGACUGGGCUUCAGUGAUCUCCUACCCAGGGUGUCAGUCACACAUGUGGCUUGUGGACUGGAGCAUACCUUGAUCCUUACGGAGGGUGGACAGGUCAUGUCGUGUGGAAGUUGCAGUCGAGGACAGCUGGGCCAUGGAGAAGUGUCUGUAGACGCAGUACUGGUUCCCAGGGUGAUUCAGACAUUCCAGGGAGUCAACAUCAUUGCCAUAGCAACCGGUGGCUGGCAUUCAGUGGGGCUAAGUGAUGCUGGGGACAUGUAUGUCUGGGGAUGGAAUGAGAGUGGACAACUAGGACUGCCAUGUUCUGACAGAUCAGACCCCCAGAGAGCCAACCCAUCAGGGAGCCUCCAUCAGGAUUUGGACUCCAUUCAUAUCCAGCCAGAGCCAUAUGGCCUUGACCUACCAGAUGACCUUCAGGUUGUCAUGGUUACCUGUGGAUCCAGACACACUGAAAUACUGACAGCUGACCACAAACUGUAUUCUACGGGUUGGAAUAAAUACGGCCAGCUGUGCCUGAGCGAUACUCAUUACCGAGACUGUCUCACAAGGGUCACAUGGUUUGACCAGAGAGGAGAACUGGUUCAGAAGGUCAGCGCAGGGGCUUGGAAUACGUUUGUUGUAACCGUGAUGACAAAUGUGGACUGCAGUGUAAGUUCAGUGACUUGAGAGAGUACUAACAUGUGAAGAAAUACCAAAUGACAUUAUUUAAGUUACCCAUUGCAAAGUUAUAUCAAAGAUAUCAGAGAUGAAAAUGUCAUUAUGUCAGACAUUGCGCAGUGUUAUUUAUCUUGUGAUUGUUCAGAAAUAUAAGGGCUUUUGAUGGCAUAAAAACAUAUAAAAGUUUAUUGAAAAUACUCAAAACAAAUACUAGGCCUUUCUCUGGCCAUUUUGGGAAAAAUGCAAUUUGAGGAUUGGGAAUUUUUGCGAACAAAAUCUACUGAUUUAGGAAAAACUUAAUUCAUAAUUGAGUUGUAUCAUUAUUGGCCGCUUAUGUUCACUAUGUUAAGCCUGUGUCCUGUGUAACAACCCUCUCCCUACCUAAAAGGCCAAUGUCACACAUAGAGGUCGAAGGUUAAAGUUUUGUUGUACAUUUAAAACAGCUUGUCCAGACCGUAACUUCAUCGUUCAUCAAGCAAUUUUAGAAUAUUUACCAGUAAUGUGAACCAUGUGGAGAAGUUUUGUCAUAACUUGGUGAAGGUCAAUGUCACUCAAGUUCAAGGUCACUCAAGGUCAAGAUCACUCUUGGGGCCAUAGGUCAAACAUGUACAUGGUUCAGCUUGUUAAGAGGAUUCCAAGCAUGAUUUACAAUUGACCCAAUAUGUUGCUAAUGUCGAGUGACCAGGCAUUUAGCAGUGCUUUUGUUCACCAUUUUGGGAAUAGUGCCGGGCCUUUUGGAUUGGGAAAUAUCGCAUACGAUUGCCUGAAAUUGGGAAAUUAAUGUUGUUGAUUUUAUGCUUACAAAUACUUAAAAAUUGAUGAUAAAAGUGAUUUCAAUAUUAUAUUUUCUAAGGUUCAACUUAUAGAGCUGGAUUUGGAGAUUAUUGACAUUUUUAGAAUUAUGAAUAAAAUUUUUUUUGAAAACCUUCAAUUGGGAAUUUUUAGGUCCCAUUUGGGAAAAAUUUAUACUUUUUUCCAUUGGGAAUGGGUCCCUCAAUCGGACCCAAAUUUGAACGAAAAAAAAACAAACUGCACAGGCUAAUCUGGAACAAGACUUUACGCACAUUCAUUAAACCCCCUUUUCACAGAGCACGGCUCAUUUGGAAGAUAAGAGUGUGCUUUCUAUCACAGUGCAGGAGGCAAUAUCAUACAUCCUAUCGGAAAUUAUGUCAUACAUAUGUAUUAACAGAUACAAAAUAUGCAGAAGUAUAUUGAGUUCAAGAGAUGGUACUUAGAGUCAUAUUAGUUUAGUUAAAACUUAUUUUUUUACUUUUAUUUUUAAUACCCACAAGGCCACAUAUAAAUAUAUCAAUAUAACAAUACCAAAUGCAGACUGUUCAUGGAAAAGAUGUAUUUUUGAGUGUGACUAUUUUAAGACUUUGACUUUGUUUGCCAAAGUUUAAAGAUAGAGACCUAUGGUAAAAUUACUUCUCACAAGAUUACUAACGAACUCUGAAAUGUUCUUGCUAUAAAAUAAACUGUAAAUAUCAUU